CAUGGCCACGGCCUCCUCCUCCUCCCCUCCUCUCCUCGAUUCCACGCCCGUACACCUCCUCCUCCUCUAGCCCUCGUGCUCUCCUCUCCAUCGCCAUAGCCGCUUCGAUUUGGUUGGGCGAGUAGAUAGCUACUGGUACAUAGCCCGUACAUAGUGUGUGUAUAGAUCUAUAGGGGUGGGGGAUGAUGAUGUUGGGGAAGAGGGGAGGAGGGACGGCGGCGGCGGCGGCAGGGAGGAAAUCGAUGAGGCGGACCACGAGCAUGACGGAGUUCGCGCCGCCGGUGGACGUGGUGGCGGCGUCGGGGGAGGAGGAGGCGGAGGCCGACGAGGCGACGGAGCUGGAGGUGGCGAACGGGAGGUGGGAGGAGGAGGAGGACGCCGCGGUGGAGGAGGCGUCGUACGGGUGGUUCGGCGGCGCCGGGGCGGCCGCCGCGGGCGUGAGGGCUGACUGGCUGGCGGCGUACCGGGCGCGCGCCGCGCCGGCGCUCGCGGGGCUGCGGCGGAACUCCGCGGACUUCUCGGCCGUCGAGACCGCCGCGUUCCUCCGCGCCUGCGGCCUCUGCAACCGCCGCCUCGGCCCCGGCCGCGACACCUUCAUGUACAAGGGUGAGACGGCGUUCUGCAGCCUGGAGUGCAGGCAGCAGCACAUCACGCACGAGGAGUGGAAGGAGAAGCGCGCGCUCGCCAUCGCCACCGCGGCGGCGGCGGCGGCAACACCGCCGCACCCGCCGUCCAUGCCGGACCCGGUGACGCCGGCGACGGCCGCCGGCUCCGACAGCCCGGCCGGAGGUGGCACCCUCGCCGCAGCGUAGCCCUCCCUCCCCCACCACCUCGCCGACCGGUCGCCGGCUCCAUCGACGACAUCCACACCAACCAUAUAGCUACGACGACGACGAACUAUGCAGCUCUACUCUGUACCACGACGCAUCCGUAAUACCAGUACCGAUGGCGGAUGAACGCCUCGUGCCUUUAUGUUACGCCA